CAACCCUACGAGUCCACAACCCUAUAGUCCACUACAGUCAACAACUACUGCAUUUUUUCAUUUAGUAAACAAAAAUGGACUUUAUUGACGAUUUCAUAGAAGAAUAUAAGUGCAAUCCGUGCCUUUGGAAGGCAGACUCUGCUGAUUUCAGGAACCGCAGCCGGCGGCAGGAGGCUUACAUGAAGCUAAUCGAGGUGGCCACUAAGCAUGGGGAAAUGUACAAUGUUGAACGAACAAAGCAAAAGAUAAACAAUCUUCGAUGUGCAUUUCGUCAUCAAUUGAGGAAAUAUAACGAGGUUAAGAAGAAAGGAGAGAAAUACGAACCAUACUGCCCAAAACGCCGCUACUUUGAGUCUUUGAUGUUCCUCAAGGACGAGGAAAGCCCCGAUAAGAAGUGCAAGCGCGACGAAAACGCGGGACAACAGCAAAAUUGUUCAGAGAUCGCGGUUCAACUGAUUCAGGCGGAGAACUGCGACGAGUUCUCUGAUGCGGAGAGCCUGCCAAAGCCGCCCAACAAGGCCGACACCAGCAAACUGUCGCCAAAUAGCAGCGCGAACGAGUUUUGUGCCAAUAUUUUCGAGGAGGCCGCAGCAGCUGACCCCGUUAUCAGUAUUAAAACUGUCAACGCCAAUAAUCACACAUCGAGCUCGGGAGGCGCUACUAUCAAGGAGGUGGAAAUCGUGGUGCCAGCCGACAGUAGGAUCAUAUCCGAGAGGAGAAAAUCGCUUCCCGAAUCCGCAAAAACGAUUGAUGCUGAACAUUUCAAACGCAUCAUUGCCCACCCGAAACAAGUACACAUAGAAAGUCAGAGUCUGAAUCAAAACCAAAUCCAGACCCAGAAUGCCAUCAAUCGAAAGCGCUCCUCGUCGGUGUCCUCGCAAGUCUCCGAGGAAAAUGAAGUACCGGCCGGCAAAAUCCGGGCUGACAUAUCUAACAUAGACUUCGAACGAUUGUUUUCCCUGGCUCUGAAAAGCGCAGACAGCCAGCUGGACGACCACUUCUCAAAUUUUGGGAAAAUAAUUGCUCACAAGCUGCGUUCUAUGGAUGCCACCCAAGCAAUAUAUGCGGAGAAGAUAAUCGCCGAUGUACUGUACCAGGGACAAAUGAAAAUGCUCUCCACACUGAGUAUACACCAGUUUUUGGGCGUGGAUAAUUCGACGGUCUAUCUGGAAAGUCAUAGUAAAUGAUGUCCCCCUAUAAAAUCGUACUUGUAGAGUUUAUAUAAUAAUAAGAUGUAAAAUACAUGAAUAUGUAUAAAGA